AUGACAGACCUCGGUGCUCUCUCCUUCUUCCUUGGCAUUGCUCUUACUCGGACAUCGGCUGGCAUGGUCCUCUCUCAACGUCAGUAUGCUCUCGAGCUUCUUCAGCGAGCCGGUAUGACAGACUGCCACCCGUCUGCCACUCCUAUUGAUGUCAAGUGCAAGCUUUCUGCCGAGGAUGGUCCACUUCUUGCUGAUCCGACGGAGUACAGGAGCUAUGCUGGUGCUUUGCAGUAUCUUACCUUAACUCAUCCGGACAUUGCUCAUGCAGUUCAGCAGGCAUGCCUCUAUAUGCAUGCACCUCGUGAGCCGCAUCUCAGCCUGGUGAAAAGGAUUCUCCGCUAUCUCAAGGGAACCCUGGAUCUCAGCAUGCAUCUCUCGCGGUCUUCUACGUCUUCACUCACCGCUUACUCGGAUGCUGAUUGGGCUGGAUGUCCUGAUACUCACCGCUCUACUUCUGGCUACUGUGUGUAUCUUGGUGACAACUUGGUUUCUUGGUCGUCUAAACGACAAACGACAGUCUCUCGUUCUAGUGCCGAGGCCGAGUAUCGUGCAGUUGCUCACGCUGUUGCCGAGUGUUGUUAG